AUGGAUGGAGUUCUAGAGUUAUCCAAGCAGGCGACGCAUGCUUAUGCUGUAUCAGUUCUAUGCUCUGUUUUAAUUUCUCUCUUUUUAGUUGCUGCCUUCAUCUCUUUCACUUGGCCCUGGCGCGUGGCGUUGCGGGAAGUGGCCACUCUCGCAUCUAUGUUGUUGGGCCUGGUAUCUACCAUAACAUUAUCUGAGGCGAUCCGCGAGCAGUUUUCUAAGGACCCCUUCGAUGCUGCAGAUUCCUCUAGAGUUGCUGAGACUUAUGUGGUGGCAUAUUCUACUUUCCAUUUAUCACUCUUACUUGCCAGAACGUUUCUAUAUGCAGAAUUCUGGAACCUGUACAGAUCAAGUCGAUUCCGCAACAUUAUCUUCUGCUGCCUUCUGUUACUUCUCUAUGACUUCAGCCUGCUCCUACCCACACUCGUGUCAUGCUAUGGGGAAACCAUGGGGCCAGUGUUAGGUGCCUUCGCUUUAUCACCACCCGCCAUGCGUUACGCGUACAUGCAUGACGCAGAUGGUAAAGAAAGCCCAGUUGCGCAAAUCUUGUCAUACUGGCUUCUCAGUGCCAUCCAGUGCCUCGCUAUAGCACUGAUUAUGUCGAUACCCGCAAUUCGUUUCUACGGGGUUAAAUGCCAGGCCUUGGCCGCACAAUUUAACGCCAGCCACACCCCGCUGCCACUUGCAGAGCUUGAUGAGAUACAUGUUCCAUCGCCUUCUGCGAGCAGUCUGAGACGAUGCAGCGCGGAUGAUCAGCCCUCAGAUGAUGAUAUUUUCCUUGCGGUUGGGUGUCAAAUGGUGCGCGCUUCUAGAGGCAGUCAAGUUCAGGGAGACACAAUUGAGCCCCCGCCAAGAGCGGCUCGCCUGUGA